AUGAAUCUCAAGUUUUUGCUAUCCCUUACAGCUCUUGCCAGCAUAGGCACAGCCAAAACAGCAGGCUGUGGGAAAGACAUACCGUCGAGAUGGCCAUCGGCAGGAUCAAGUGCAUCACUCAACCUCCCAGACACAGAUCGCCAAUACAGACUAUACAUUCCUGCCAACUAUGACAAGAACACGCCAACACCGCUAUACUUCUCUUUCCACGGGGCAUCCGGCACUAUGAAGAAGCAAGAAGCCUUGUCCCAAUUCUCCAACCCAUUGUUUAACCCCAAUGGAAUUGCUGUAUAUCCAGACAGCAAGAAUGGGUACUGGCUCUCCAAUCCAAAUGCAGACACAUCACGCCCAAAUGAUUUGGACUUCACAAAUGAUCUGCUCUCUCACAUAGAAGAAAAGCUCUGUGUCGACACCACCAGGGUUUACUCGGCGGGGAAAUCCAACGGUGGAGGAUUCACAAGCGUUAUUGCUUGCAACGCAACGGUUGGAAGUCGAUUCGCUGCUUUUGCCUCCGUCAGCGGCGCCUAUUAUGAUACGGAUGAUAUUGAUGGUAUCGGUCCCUGUGCACCUGCCGAGCGAGAGGAAGGAUACCCAUUCCUGGAGUUCCACGGCACUACAGACACUACCGCGCCUAUUGAUGGCAACACCAAGAGCAGCCCCAAAUUGCCUGUCAUCGAUAUCCUACAGGGCUGGGCGGCCCGCAAUGGAUGUGGGGACAAUGCCAAAUGGGCGUCGAAUGAAACCAUAUAUGAGAACCCCCUCGUCAAGCACGUUUCUUGGAACUGUGGGGGCAAGGAAGGCAUUGUUCAGCACCACCGUGAGGAGGAGAAUGGUCACUGCUGGCCUAGCACUAUUGGAAAUAGUGACUAUGUUACGCACCCUGAUCAGUGCCCGUUGGGUCAUUAUGUCUACAACGCGACGGAGUAUAUUUUUGACUUCUUCGAGAAGUACCAGUUGAUUCAAUGA